ACAAGAACGCUUAUGCUUUUUUUCAAUUUUUACAACCAUGAUAUCCAUUCUUAUUAGUCAUUUCAGGGAAUCCUGACCGUCCCUUUUGGCAGUAAAACUUGUGUGUGCAGCUGGUGCUUGCAUGUGACUUUCCUUUACCCUAUAAAUACGGCCACUGCUAUUCCAAGCAAAAACACCAACCAGCACACACAGAUCAGCAAGAGCUACAUCACACUUUGCUAAGUUCUUCAAGUUCAUUUCCUUGAAAAUCAUACUGUGUGUUUGGUGAGUGUUAAGUGAGUUACUCUUGCAAAUAAGAAGAAGAAGAAGAAGAAGAAGAAAAAGAAGGAAAGAAGAAACAUAUAUGGGGGCUAAGAAGUCAUCGUCCUUCUCCUUUUGUGGUAUUUUCAAGGCUUGUUUCUCAAACAGCAAGGAUGAUUACUACUAUAGCUACGAUGAUAAUAGCAGAAGGCACUUUGCAAGUGAUGAGGAUAGAGGGCGUUGGGUUGCUGAGCCUGGUAUUGACAGGAAAGCAUCUGCUUUCAUUGCUAGAUUCUAUGCCUCACGAGUCAGUGACUCUGAGCACCAAAUUGCGUCCUGAAACUCAAAUAACAAACCCUUUCUUCGUUGCUCUUCAUUCAUCAAACUAGUGCUUCCUUUAAUAACUCACACCAGUUACACUUGGUUCCUACCUCUCUCUAUCCCUGCAAAUGUAAUUCUCACGCACUUUCAUUUC